UUUAUUUUUUAAUAUGGGGAAGAAAAAUAGGAAUAGAAAUUUUUCAACUAAGAAAAAUUAAUUCAAAUAAAUUAGCAGAACAAAAACAGCGGCUGUUUUUGAUGAAAAAGAAAGAAAGGAAUAUCUAACUGGUAUGUUUGGAGCUAAAUAAAAAAGAAAAGAAGACUAUAUUAAAUUAAGAAAUGAAAAACAUAAGAAAUUUAAUAAAGAAUAAAAAGCAUAAAUUAGAGAAGUUUAUAUAUCAAUAUAUUUUUAGGAAAAAAAGAAAUAAAUUGAAAGAUUACAAAAUCUUAUUGAUUUUAAUAAUUCUUUAAGUAAAACUUAAAAAACAGAAAGUAUCAAAACUUCAAACAAUAAAGAAGUUGAAGUAACAACUACUUUUUUUUCAUGA